AUUUUACUCAGAAUUAAGAACAAUCAGAUUUUGUUAAUAAUUUAAUUAUUGUUAUAUUCUCUAAAACAAUUGUUUCUUUUAUUGUAACAAAGUGACACAUUACACUUAUCACAAACGAUUUGGGUAAAACCAGUACACUUAGGCAUUUUACACCUGUUACUUUUGUCACAAAAAACUGGCCAGCGGGCCACUUGAUCAAGCCGAACAUCUUUUACUGGUGCAACCUGGGAAACACUUUUCUUCCUUUUCGCCUGAAUUUCCUGUUCUAAAGCAGAACUUGGUCUACCCCUUUUUACUUCAGAUUUUUUCCCCAAAAGGCAAAGUGCUUCAGCUACUUCUAGGCGAAAGGUACCCAAGUUACACAGCUUCCCACUAAAUCCAGGUUUUUGUGACAUCAGUUUCUUGUAAACUAACCAAGAAUUUAUCAUGGCUAGGUCCAAUAAAUGAUGGAACAAUCGCAUAUACCACUUUCUGUUUUUUAUGCUUAUGUAGUAUCUUCCUAUAUAACUGUCCAGGAGAUCUACGCCACCCAUGUGGGAGUUGUAGUCUUUCACGAUCUGUGGACAGUCAAUUUGAAUUUUUUCCUUUUUAGAUUUGUCAAAUCUACUUAUUUUUUGAACUGGCUCAACUCCCACAUAGGUCGAUAACAAUGUUACAACUUUGUUGUAUUUCUACAUAGUUACAGAAAUAUCAGUGCCAUCAUAAGUUGUCAUAUGCUCUUCAAAAGAUCCCCUUGGUACAGAUUUCUUCAUGAAAGAUUUAAGAUUUGGCAACUUAUUAUUAGGCAGCCUGUUGGUUCGGACAGUACCUAAGCAGAGUAUUUUUUGUUUGUGCAAAUAACAAGCGAAAGGAAUAGAUGUAUAAUAAUUAUCAAAGUAGAUAAUAUGGUUGAUGUUUCGGGGUACCACCUUUGCAAGUCUCACCACAACAUUUUCGGUUACGCCUAAGUCUGGUUCAUUGGAUUCUUGAAUGUUAUUUUCUCCAACAUAGACUUCAAAUUUAUGAGCAUACCCAGAAAUGCUUGCAUAGCAAAAACAGCUUUAAACCCCACUUGUGGGGCUUAUUAGGAAGAUAUUGUUUCAAAUAGUGUGAUAUUUUUGUCGCGCACAUUUGUUGGUCAAUUGACAACCGUUGUUCCAUAGGAAAAAGCUCAAACCGAUUAUUUAAAUAGUCUAUGACUGGCCUUAUUUUAUGUCAUUUGUCAUGACGAGGAUGAUUAGAUGGAAGCAGUGACUCAUUGUUGUUGAAGUGUAAAAGACUUUUGAGUUUUUCAAAACGGUUUAGGGCCAUACAAUUGGCUAGUAUCCACUAUGAAUAAAUCGGAUGGAUUAGCGUUUACAAUUAAUGUUUAUGAUAUAUAGCUACAAAAAAAUUGAACUAUUUAGAAAAAUAAUUAAAGAUUGAUAAUAUUUUUAGAAAAGAAAAUCGAAAAAAAUAGGCAUUUAGUCACGUGACAGUAAACGCCAAUCAGAAAAUGUUACGUCACGCCGUGGCAAGCAUGGUUGUUGUUGACGUUUUCAUUGAAAAGACCGCGUUGACUACUUCACAUUUUAUUCGUUUUUAGCAUUAUUCUCAAGUUGAUAGUUAUCAUGGAACCAGGUUUUGUUAAAGCAGACAGUAAUAACUUGCCUAGAAUCGACGCAAUUAUGCUUGGCCGAUUUUUCGCGUCAAACAAUGACUUUUGCUCAUCGGAAUUUCGCAAUGUCAAAACUUCGAUGUCAUCACGAGCUUCUUACGGAGAUGACGCCGUAAGCUAUGUGCAGCUUAAGCGAGAAAACAAAUUUUGUACUGUAAAGUGCAAAAUAUGUCCAGAACAUAAAGUUUAUGCCAAAUUAUAUGGAUGUACAUUGGUGGUUGAUGAAGAAGAUGACAUUAUCCUGUCUGUUCAGUGUCAAGACUGUGUAGCAUCACAGGGUGGCUGUAAGCACGCUAUAGCGUUCCUUAUGUGGGUUCAUCGUCGAAGUGAGGAACCAUCAUGCACUUCUGUGGAGUGCUAUUGGAAGAAAUCCAAACUGUCUCAAGUUGGUACUACAAUUAAAUAUAUGACAGCGAAGGAAUUGUCCAAAGGAAAUCCCAUAUUACCAGCAAAUCCAUCUGUUUUUAAUAAUUUUUUAGAAGAGGCAAGAAAGAGAAAAGUUGAGCACUGUCAACUUUUAAAAUACCAACCUACUUAUAGUGAAAGUCAAACAUGGGCUAUCUCAAUGCAUCAACUUACUUAUAAGUUUAAAGAAAGAUGCGUUGAAGAUUUUUUGAAGAAAAUUGAAAUAACAGCAUCUUUAAUCAAGAAAGUGGAAGAGGAAACAAGAGAACAGUCUAAAAGCGCUCUGUGGUUUGAACUGAGAUAUGGUCGAAUAACUGCUUCCAGAGCAUUUGAAGUAAGCCGAUGCAAAACAAGUGACGGCACACUCAUUUCCCUCAUACUAGGUGGUAAAAUUCCUGAUACUCCGGCCAUGAAACGUGGCCGUGUUCUAGAAAAUGAAGUGAGAAAAACAGUUGAGAGCAAAAUAAAAAAAAAAGUUAGUAAGUGUGGCCUCUUGUUAAAUUCUAAGUACCCAAUGAUUGCUGGUUCACCAGACGGAAUUUUCGAAGAUGGGAUAGUUGAAAUUAAGUGUCCUAUUAGUAAAAUAACAUAUAAAAAUUAUAUAAAAAAUGCACUGGCUACAGAAAAAUAUUAUGCCCAAAUGCAGCUUCAGAUGUAUUUAUCACAAAAGAAAAACUGUUGCUUUUGUAUAGCUGACCCAGACUUUAGUCAAAAUAAAAAAGUGGAUAUAAUAAAUAUAGAAUUUGAUCCUCAAUAUGUUGAGAAUUUUAUCAAUAAGUUAUUAAACUUUUGGAAAAUUAAUAUAUAUCCUUUAUAAUAUCAGAGUGUAGAGUGAGUAUGUUUGGAUUUUAAAGAAAAGUAACAUUUUAAAUUAGUAUAGAUAUAUAUAGUUGAUGAUACUC